CCUCCUGAUAUCUGCCUUUGCUCCCCUGGAAAAUCGGUGCAACAGAUUAUUUCCCUGUAAAACUAGAAUAAGACAUAGCAUAUUUGUAAGGAAUUUUCUUGGAAACGUAACUUAAAGGAUUAAUAGUCAUAGUUGAAGACAAUUACCUCCGGCAAAACAGAUCUGAGAGAAUGCCAACAUAAAUCAGGUUUUCCAGUUAAGAGGCUGAUAAAGGGACAUAUCCAAACCAAACAAAUCAAACGUAUAAAUCACUUGCACCCUUUCCAACACUUCUGGGCAAGCUUGGAGACCACACACUGCCCAAACUAAAAACAAAAGGAUGUUAUAAAAAGCCAACUUCCAGAGCAGUGAAUAAUGAGAAAGUCUGUUGGGAUGCAGCAGAGUGAGAACCUACUGUAUUUGUCAGCAACCACUCCACUUCCUCAUGCUGGCAAGCAACUAUCCUGUGAAAGUUUCUGUUCUUUACGAAUACAUUGCCUUGCGUCAUUUCUGGUGAUGCACAUUAAUAAAAACAAACUGAAGUGAGGCAUUUCACUCCAGACACAGCCCUCACCCACUGUUAUUUCUAGCACCUUACAAAUAAGGACAAUUACGAGGAUGAGGGAGGCUACCUCCGUACAGUAGCUCAGCCAACACUAAUGUUUGAUUCACACUUUCUUUUCACUUCCUGACUACAAGUACCUAAAACUGUCCGCAGGAGGAAGUCACCAUCUUAAGAGCGUCUGAGCACCAGACACCAUCACUUAUAAAAUCAUCACUAUGAACAGACAGUAACUACAGAAACGUCAACACAUGGCAUGUCCUGACAGCUACAACUGGAGAGCCACAGGUUGGAGAUCACCACUUUACUGUGGACCACGUUUUUUCUGUGAGAGAUCAUAAUGGAGAAUGGAAAUCAAAGCCAAACCAUCACGCCAUACUUCUGGCAGUUUGACGAAUAUGGAAUUGCUGCCCUUGUAUAUUACAGUAUUGUUCUGCCUGUCGGACUGUUUGUCAAUAUCACAGCACUGUGGGUCUUUAGCUGCACAACUAAGAAAAGAACAACUGUAACCGUGUACAUGAUGAACGUGGCACUGCUCGAUUUAAUGUUUCUCUUGUUUGUCCCCUUCCGUAUAGUAUACUAUGCCAAACAACUCUGGCCCUUCGGAGACCUAUUCUGCCGGAUCAUGGGUGCUAUCACCAUUUUUUACCCAAGUGUGACUUUGUGGUUGCUUGCCUUUAUUAGUGCGGAUCGAUACAUGGCUAUUGUGCAGCCCAAGCACAUCAAGGAACUUAAGAAUAUUUCGAAAGCAAUGGCAGCAUGCUUUGGGAUAUGGAUAAUGACUGUUGUCACCACAACCCCUUUGCUUUUCAUAAACAACGACCCCGAUAAAGAAUUUAAUUUUACCACUUGUUUUAAACUGUUUGACAUUGUCCACUUCACGCAAAACAGUAUCCUGAACUUUGCCCGCCUGAUAUUCUUUUUCCUGAUUCCUCUGCUGAUUAUGAUAGGGUGUUAUAGUAUCAUAAUCUACAGUCUGAUCAGUGGUAGAACAUCUCGACUCAAGCCUAAAGCAAAGAAGAAGUCAAUACGGAUCAUAGUGACUCUGAUCGUGCAGGUUUUGGUGUGCUUUGUGCCAUUUCAUGUGUGCUUUCUACUAAUAAUGAUUCAGGAACCACAAGAAUACUACAUUGCAUGGGGAAAGGUGUCCACCUUCCUGAUGAACAUUAGUACAUGUCUGGAUGUUAUCUUAUACUACAUUGUCUCCAAGCAGUUCCAGGCUAGAGUCAUUAGCGUUAUCUGGUACAGAAACUAUCUACGCAGUGUGCGAAGGAAAAGUAUGCGGUCAGGCAGUAUUCGCUCCUUGAGCAAUAUUAACAGUGAGAUGAUAUGAUCAGUGGAUUUAUUUUUUACAUGUAUAUGAAAUAAAUGAGUGUAGAUUUUUAUUCCUUUUAACCCAA